AUGUCCUCCACUUCGCUCUUGGCCGCUUGGGCACUUUUAUUUACCCACGUGGUUGCGACUGUCGUUGAAUUGGACCUGGUCUUCCCGCGCAACGAUACGUACGCCCCUAUCCCGCCGUUCCCGGUGGUAUUCGCUGUGCAGAACCCUAGUCUUGCGAUCACCUUGGAUGCUCUCGUUUCAUGGUCUGUCAACGAGUAUGGAACCCUGGGUUCCCAGUCUGCCCACGCGUACGAACACAGCAUUAACCUUCAAUGGGUUAAUGGAUCUGCACCAAGCAGUCCCUAUCUUGCGACUGCGUACAUUCCUACAAUCAAAGGCAUCGAAGGCAUUUGGACCUUCUCCUGGACCUUGAGUUCGGCCAACUGCUGCGAGAACACAACCAGCCAGGCAUGUUUCCAGAACCAAGACAGCGAGUUGGUCUUCACGACCAACAAUACGGCACCAGCACCCGAUCUUGUCAUGACCGAGGCAUGCAGCGUCAAUCAGGGUUUCGCCUUCAACGUAACAGGGGUCGAACAGCUUUCCUUUUCCCAGACGGGGUUACAACCCUCGUGCGCUGUCCUCGGGGCGUCACCGACAAGAGAACCAUGUGCGGCCACCAUGGACCCUAAUGCCGCCUCAAGCAUCUCUUCCGCUCUUUCCUUCUCGGCUUGUACUGCCACUUCUGUUAGCUGUACCGCCGAGCCGUCCUCCAAGUCAAGGGGGAGUCCGUCUUACAUGAUUUUGACAGCGUGGCCACUCGUGGCAAUGGGGGUCAUACUACUCUCAGCAAUUUGA